UUGACGUUGAUGAUCUCUUAAAAGACUCGAAUUAUGCUCCGUUUGUCAUAUACUCUUCCGGAACCUUCUUCUGCCAUUUUUGUCUCCGUUCUCUCCGACUUUACUAGCCCCUCUUCUACCGGGAUCGGACAUAUUAGGAGCUGUAAAAUUUUUGAUUGGGAGGUUGAAAGAGUUUCUGAGUUGUUAGCUUCUCUUGAUGGGUACUGUUGGUAUUCAGUGCUCCCAUGGAAUCACGUCUCGAUUCCAUGGAAAUUUUGGUCAGGAGAUACAGUUUUCGUGCCGAAAUUUCCCUUCUAAGGUUGAACUAUCUCGAAUAGAGUUGUACCCACAUGGGCCUUCCGCCACUGCUUUCAAGGGAUUUUUUGGUCGAAUAUGCUCGGUACCUGAUAAUGAUGAUCAAUUUUCUUGGAAAGAUCCAACACCAAUGCUUGAUAUGGUUGAAAACCCUGUCCACCUGAAGAAUUUAACAGUUAAGGAACUUAAACAAUUAGCCGAUGAAGUCCGCCUAGAGUUGUCUUCUCUUAUGUCACAAACACAAAAAUCCUCCAAGUCCAGUUUGGCAGUUGUGGAACUGACAGUUGCAUUGCACCACGUUUUUCAUGCUCCAGUGGAUAAGAUACUGUGGGAUGUUGGAGAACAACAGACAUAUGCACACAAAAUUCUCACAGGGAGGAGAUCCCUUAUGCAUACGCUGAGACAAAAGAACGGACUUUCUGGAUUUACAUCUCGAUCUGAGAGUGAAUAUGAUCCAUUUGGUGCAGGGCAUGGAUGCAACAGUAUCUCUGCUGGACUUGGCAUGGCUAUUGCGCGAGAUAUUAAAGGGAAGCGGGACCAUAUUGUUACAGUCAUUAGCAAUGGGACCACUAUGGCUGGACAGGUCUAUGAGGCAAUGAGCAAUGCUGGUUAUUUGGAUUCAAAUAUGGUCGUCAUUUUAAAUGACAGCCGCCACUCUUUACUUCCAAAGAUCGAAGAGGGUCCUAAGACAUCCAUCAAUGUUUUAUCUAGUAUUUUAAGCAAACUCCAGUCAAAUAAAUCAUUUCGAAGGUUGAGGGAAGUGGCCAAGGGUGUUACUAAAAGAAUUGGUUGGAGUAUGCAUGAAUUGGCUGCAAAAGUUGAUGAGUAUACUCGCGGUAUGAUAGGCCCACUGGGAUCAACUCUCUUUGAGGAGCUUGGGCUGUAUUACAUUGGACCUGUUGAUGGACACAACAUUGAAGACUUAAUCUGUGUUCUACAACAAGUGAAAUCCCUAGACUCAUUGGGUCCUGUGUUGGUUCAUGUUAUAACUGAGGAAAAUCAGGGAGCAGGAGAUAACCCAAAGAUUGAGCCAGUGGAGAAGGAGCAGAAAAGUUCAACUGAUCCUUUUCAUUUACUGGAUAACAUUCCCUCCCGAACAUAUAGUGACUUUUUUGUGGAGGCCUUAGUAGCGGAGGCAGAGAAGGACAAAGAUAUUAUUAUGGUGCAUGCAGGAAUGGAAAUGGAGCCAUCAUUUCAACUAUUUCAAGAAAAAUUUCCAGACAAGUUUUUUGAUGUUGGAAUGGCUGAGCAACAUGCGGUUACAUUUUCUGCUGGUUUAUCAUGUGGGGGAUUGAAGCCAUUUUGCGUAAUUUCUUCUGCUUUUCUACAGAGAGCUUUUGAUCAGGUGGUUCACGAUGUCGAUAGGCAGAGGAUCCCAGUUCGUUUUGUCAUUACAAGUGCAGGUGUGGUAGGGUCUGAUGGUCCAACGCAGUGUGGGGCCUUUGAUGUUACUUUUAUGUCAUGCUUGCCGAACAUGAUUGUCAUGGCACCGUCUGAUGAGGAUGAGCUUGUGCGCAUGGUUGCUACGGCAGCUCAGAUUGAUGAUCAGCCAGUUUGCUUUCGGUAUCCCAGGGGUGCUAUUGUAAGAGCAGACCACUAUGUAUAUGGUGGGGCUCCGAUUGAGAUUGGAAAAGGAAGAGUUCUUGUUGAGGGUAAAGGUGUUGCUUUGCUCGGCUAUGGGGCAAUGGUUCAACACUGUCUCAAAGCUUAUGCCCUUCUGUCAAAUCUUGGCAUUGAGGUAACUGUUGCCGACGCACGGUUCUGCAAGCCCCUUGACGUAAAGCUCCUUAGGCUGCUAUGUGAAAAUCAUAGCUUUCUGAUAACAGUAGAGGAAGGCUCCAUUGGAGGAUUUGGAUCCCAUGUCGCACAAUACAUUGCACUUGAUGGACAGCUUGAUGGAAAGAUCAAGUGGCGACCUAUCGUCUUACCAGACUACUAUAUCGAGCACGCAUCACCCAAGGAACAGCUAGCCGUUGCUGGGUUGACUGGACAGCACAUUGCUGCAACAGCGCUAAGUCUUCUGGGACGCACCCGCGACGCUCUCAUGAUGAUGUGCUAGAAAUUUGUGUACAUUAGUUAUCAAUGUUUCUAUGCUAAUUAUAUUACCCGUAGAAAAAUGUAUAAUGCUGCAAAUAUUACCGAGCAAUUACAGUUAUGUAUUUAGGAUUGGAUUCUUUUAGAAGUUGGUCUUUUUGAUAUAAAAGUGAAAUAUAUAGAUGUAAUGCGAAGGACAAUACAUACAUGGGUCUGAAUUAAUGUUAUCAAUAACUGCCUA